UAACAUAUCGUCCGAUCUCGCUCAUUCCUCCGCCGCAUCUCCUCCUCCGGCGAUUCCAUGGCUCUCCUCCUUCCUCUUCAUCCGCUCCUCGGAGGCAAAGCCGCCUCUUCCAUGGCGCCCUUACUGUGUAAAUCCCUCCUCCAUACUCGACCCCGCUGGAGUAAAGGCCGCACUUUGGCGCACUUCUCUUCCGGCCAACCCUCUGCAACGAUUGUCUCCAACGGGUACCCUUACGGAGGAGCCUUGAAGGUUGAAGGAAGAAAUUACUUGAGAUUGGAUUCCUGCUUAGUUAUCCCGCCGCCCGAUGGCCGGAAGCCUAAGGCCGUGGUGAAGUUUUUGGGCGGCGCCUUCAUCGGGGCCAUUCCCGAGGUCACUUACAGCUAUCUGAUGGAGUGGCUGGCGAAGGAAGGGUAUCUUGUGGUGUCCGUUCCUUAUAGUGUGACCUUUGACCAUGAGAAGGCAGCCAAGGAGGUCUAUGAUAGGUUUCAUUCUUGUAUGGAUUCUUUGUUUACCUACGGAAUUCCUGAUGCUGGCAUCACGGCUUUGGAUCUUUCUGCCCUUCCAUUAUAUUCUGUAGGUCAUAGCAAUGGCGCACUACUUCAGAUGCUUAUAGGAAGCUACUUCGAUGAAAAGCUUCCAAAGGCUAAUGUCAUUAUCUCGUUCAACAACAGACCAGCUUCAGAAGCCGUUCCUUACUUUGAACAGUUCGGUCCUGUCGUUAGCCAAGUGAUGCCUAUCAUUGAACAAUCUCCUGUGUACUCCAUCGCUAGAAACUCCUCAGGAGAUGUGUGGAAGGCUUUAUUGGAUACUGCCGCUUUGUUGAUACAAGAUUAUGAUCGCGAAGUUGUAGUAUCCUUGAACAAGUUUCUCGACCAGUUGCCAUCAGUUAUGAAUCAGGUAACACAAGGUACAUCAGAAUUCAAGCCCACUCCCCUCGAGAACCGAGAAAUUUUCAGAAAAUCCUACAGGGUCCCUCGUACUCUUUUGGUAAAGUUCAGUGUCGAUGGCAUUGAUGAGACAGACAUCCUAGCAGACAUUUUGAAACCUCGUGUUGAAGCCAUACGAGGCACGAUAGAGAAGGUGACAUUGGCGGGGAACCAUCUCACCCCGUGCCUGCAGGAUCUGAAAUGGGAAGUGGGCUACCGGUAUACUCCUGCCGAUGCAGUCACACAAGCUCUGAAGUCGUUGUCGCUGAACGAGACAAGGCUGCUUGCUAGGAAGGUCACUGAUUGGCUCGACGAUCUCAACUAUGAGUAAAAUCAAGUUGAGCUAUACAUUCAUUCGUCGAGACAAUACGAUACCGACCGAAGCAGCAUUGAAAGGAAUGGUUGGUGAAAGAAGAGUAGUUCUCGAACAUCCAAAUCAAUCCAUUCGACUAGCUUGAUCAGCCGACCGAUGGACAUUAUUUAUUAACUUAACAUGUCAAGUCAAUCACCGGGUCAUUUAGUUCGAUUUGAUUUUCAUGUCAAGCAUAGCACAGGACAAUCUACAGCCACAUUUAUAUAAAAGAAGAAGCUUUUUCAACA